UUGCUGCGAGUGAAGAAAACGACACACAUUGAAGCACAGUGCUUCGUGUGUCUGCCAUUCGAGCGGUGUUCAGCCAAUGGGUGCGCGCGCGGCGUCAGUCGGCACACCGCCCGGGCGGGCGCCACACGACCGGAAUCUGCGCAAGCGACAGGCGACGCGAACAAAUAUAUUUUCAGUGAAAUAAAAAAAAAACGCGAAUCCGCCAACGACCCCCGCAAUACGCACGCGCAAGAUUCUGUGAAACCAAUACGAGCUCAUACGAGUCCGAGUGCAGAUCGUCUGACGGCGCACAACGAAAGAGCGAUAAAGGGUCGAAGGGCCUUCCAACGAAACGAAUCGAGCCAGGCCCCUGUCCCUGAUAUAAAUCGCUCUGUCUCUGUCAGGCUAGCUCCUGCACCGCUCUAA